AUGACUGAUCAGGCAGUUCGUAUACCGCAGUCACGCCGACUGGUUGUCCCGGUCACAUUAGCCCAUGAACCUUAUGCAGCCCUUCCGUCAUGGCUCCCGUUUAUUCCACCCCCUCCGGAGUUGGGGCCUACGAAUGCUAAACGAUGGACUGAUGUAUGCAGUACGAAGUCAGCAUUUACUGUUGUAGACGUACGUAGUCCGACCGAGUUCGCACUCGAUCACAUCCCUGGGGCGAUCAACAUGCCAGUUUUGAGUGAUGAACAACGGGCUGAAGUUGGCCGGUUGCAUGCUUAUGGUGAUCUGUUGCAUGCUCGUAUGAAAGGUGCUGCUCUAGUUUGUGCCAAUAUUAGUCAGAUGUUGCUUGAACUAAGCGAGCAGCUUGCUUCCUGUUCAUGGCCUACUCCAAUCCAUGUUCUCGUGGGAGGUUAUCGAUCUUGGCGUCGACUUCUGCUGCGUCAACUGGAUGCUUGGCCCCGUUGGCGAAUGCCCGGCCAAUUUUGGGUGAUUUCUGGUUUAACAGGUUCAGGAAAGUCGUUGGUUCUUCAAGAACUGGCCCGAGUGAACGAACUUGUGCUGGAUUUAGAAUCAUUAGCUGAACAUAAGGGUUCUGUUUUCGGAUCGGGUUCGACUGACCUCAGUUCACAGCAGAGCGAUACACGUGUGUCACAAAGACAAUUCGAAACCAGGUUACAUCAAACGCUGACGACCAACCCCAUUUGGACCGACUCGUCUCAGGUUAUAUGGAUCGAGUGUGAAUCCCGAUCGAUCGGUCCGAAUUGUCGACUGGGCGACAGUUUGUGGUCGCGGCUUCGUGCAACUGACCAGUGUUGGGGUGCUUUCCGAGUUUGGCUUGAGGUUUCUGAAGAUGCUCGAGUUGAUUGGAUUCUACGAACUUAUGACGCGUUCACGAAAGACCGUGCCGCGCUGGAUUCGGUGUUUUUAAUAUUAUCAAAAUACCAUUCCAGUAAACGCAUAGCUGAGUGGCGUUCUCAUGUAGACCGCGGCGAUUAUGUCAGCCUUGUUCAUGGCUUAUUGCGCCACCAUUACGACCCGCUUUAUCUGGAGUCCCGAAAUCCGAUCAUGAUGGAGGCUGAAAAACAUCAACUGGUACACAAAAUCCGCCUGCCUACGGUGGAUGUCGAUACGGUACAAAAGUUGAUUGUUCCGCAAUUAUUAGACUUAGCCCAUGCUACACAUUUAAGACCGCAGCGGAACUCCAUCAGGAAUCGACGUUACUUGAAGAAAUCACGACCCCAAUGGAAUUCACCCACAAAACUGAAUCCACUCAUGCAAUGGAUCAUUCCGACGUUCAAGUCUGGGCAUGGUGACCGAUCUAUCGAUCCAUCUUGA